UCUGUCAAUAUACUUGUGCUAAUGCACGUGUUGUGUGGAGUGAGUAUCAUACGUAUAUCGAGUAGUACAGUACAACAAUCGUGCUAGCCAUGAACAGGAUGCAGAUCCUUGCAGCCUGGAGCAACCCCGCAGCUGUGGUCUAACAAUAUGCUGCUACAUAAAUAGGAGGUAUGGUCUCUCACUCUCGCAGAUAAUCCAUCCAUCCACAAAAAAAACAUACUAUAUACGAUAAAAUGACCCCCAAGAACACUAACUCGUACUUCCUCCUGGGCAAUCCCUACUACCCACCCGACGAAGCCAUCUGCUUAGGGCAAAUCGUGACGGAUCUCCGGGCCCCGUUCCGACCCCUCGCGCGGCCCCGCCUGCCACUGCCCCCCAUCCACUCCCUCGUGCAAACCGACUACACCUGCUCGCAGUCCUCCCUCAACUCCCAUUCAGGCGGCCUGACCGCGGCCUUCCUCGCGCAAUUAGGCUCCCCCCUCAGUGCAGACGCCAGUCUCCAGUCCAGCCGGUCCGAAACCCAGGAAUGGCACGUCGACCGGCUGGAGACGUAUUCCAUUGAGCCGGAUGAGAGCUACGUCCGGGAGAGCGUGUUCGGCGGCGGUGCUGGUGCUGGUGUUGGCCCCGUUGGGCCAGAUUCACAGUCUAAAUCCCCCGUGCAGGACUAUCUCAUGCGCGGUCGGUUGCUCGGCAAGGCCGUGUAUAUGAUUACCGGGGUGAAGGUCGGGAAGGGGCUGAAGUUCCAACGGGUCAGUGGGAGUGAUUUCUCGGCUGAUGCCUCUGUUAAGCUGGAUGCUACCGCGUUGGCUGGGGUCCCCGUGCAGGCGGGCCCCAAGACUGGCCUCAAGAAUCAGAAGGAAGUGCAUGAGAGCUUCGAAGUGAGUGCCGCGUUUGUGUUCGCCUAUCGGGUCCGCAAGAUCUUCGUCGGUUGGCGCCCUUCUAAAGGGGUGCGGACGCGGGAGGUUUUUGGUGGGCAGCUGUUGGGGAUGGAUGAUGAUUCGGACUAUGUGGAUGAGAUAGAGGAUGAUGAUGAUGAUGAUGAUGAGGAAGAUGAGGAGAUUGGCGUGGUCAAACUAGAAAAGCGGGACUUGGGAGAGGACUAUGCUCCAAGGGGAUUUCAAAGGGUUAUUCUGAAGGACGAAGGCACCGGGGAAGAGUGUCGCGUGCUGGUUUGACAAACAUUCUCGCAGUCGGCUCUAUGCACUCUCUAGGAGGGUGACCAGCAUGAUAGUUGACAAAUGCUCCUCGUACGAUCGAAAGCGACCCCGAUCGCCUUUCCACGGCAAUAACAUCUUGUAUCCGCCAUCCGACCCCACGCUCAUUCCGCUAAACACCCGAUAGAUGUAGUCGUAGUUCUCCAAUGGCUCUCUC